GUCAACCGCCGUUAAACCCCAUUGAAGAAGAAGAGGAAAGAGAAAAAGAAGAAGAAAAUAAGACAAAGAGCGCGGGAAAUUUGGAAAUGGCGGAGUACAGAACAUGUGAGGAGGAGGCAAUGUCUCCCUCCUCCCUCAAGCUGUACGAGGCACAGUUCUUUGGUUUCACCCCACAGACCUGCAUGGUGAGGGUAUACAGCGCCUUUCAGGACUGCCUGAAUGAAUUACUGCUUGUCGUAGAAGCGGUGUUUGUGAGAAAACUAAGAGGGACUGAGCCCAAUGGAGAGCAACUACAUUCAAGGGCAAGAGAAUGCACCCAAAAGUUGCAGAUAUUCCUUCAAGAACGCUUCAAACAUCUGUCUUGUCGCAUGGAAACUGUUUUGGUCAACAAUGUCCUCUCAGUCCCCCCUAAUGUGUUGUUACCUGAUGACCAGCCACACAAAAAGUACUUUCAACGUUUAGAGGAGGUUCUUAAUCUGGAGUCUUCCCUGGCGGAGCUGAAACAGGUGUACCAGGCAGAGGUGUGUGCCAGGCAGGCCUUGCUGGCUGAACUGGAGGAGCAGAGAGAGGUCCAAGAGCAGCUGGAUGGAAUCCUGAGGUGGAUUGCAGAACUACAGGCAGCGUGGAUGCAGGAGGGAAUGGGAAGCUUCCAUGACAGCUUCCCUGUGACGAUGCAAUCGGUCAAGAAAAUGCAGGCUGUCAUUGGAGAGGUCAAUAAGCAAAGGACUGGAUGAGGACUCGGCAGUGGGAUGGAACCACAUGGUGUAAAAUACUUAGUGGUGCUUUGAGAAGGGUAGGUCACAGGUGUAACAACAUUCAGACUUGGAAUAGCUCCCCCUGUCCGACAUAAGACACAAAUAGAAUUCUAUGCCUUUGGAUGUAUGAACAAUUAUACAAUUCGUCAGACCCAAGUGUUAUCAGCAAGAAUGUGAGCACUUUUGAAACAAUAAUUAAUCUUUGUUUUGAUUUAUUUCCUUUUUCAUGGCUUUCUAUACAUUGUAAAUCCACAAAAUGUGAAUAGUAACAGAGGCUCAAGCUGGUAGUAUUUUUUGAAUCUCCCAGUCUUAAAGAGGACGUUCACCCAUUUUUACAUGUGACCUUAUUUUCACUCUUUCUGUGCUUGUAGUUGAUCCCCCAAACUGUUAAAAAAAAUUAUAUAUUUUGUUUAGUUAGUCAUCACUUGCCAUAGACUACAUUGCAUUAUGAAAAUGUGUCUAAGCAUGUUAUAAAACGUUCCAAAACACUCAAAACUAACUCAUUUCAGAAUCUCAUUCUGGAUAAUGUCUCUGCACUCAAAAAUUCCUCUGUCCCAUAAAUCCAUAUUUACAUUUUAGUCAUUUAGCAGACGCUCUUAUCCAGAGCGACUUACAAAUUAUAUUUGCAAAGUUUUGUUGUUGUAAACAGCAUCAUUCAAACAUAGAUUUAUGGCACAGUGGGAGAAAAAAUGAAAAUACAAUUGAGUGCAGGGACAUAAUCCAGAAUGAGAUUCUGAUGUAAUAGGAGUUGGUUUGGAGUGUUAUGGAGCGUUUUAAACACAUUUAUAUAAUGCAUUGUAGUCAAUGGCAAGUCAUGACCCAUCAAAAUGUGACAACCAAUUUUCUCUGUAACAAAACAAAAUAUCAAAAAACUGUUUGGGGGAUCAACUACAAGCACAGAAAGAGUGAAAAUACCACAUGUUAAAAUGGGUGAACUUCCCCUGUAACUCUGGAUCUUUGAAAAGCAUUUUUUUGGAGCCAUAGUCACCACCAGGGGGAAGCAUUGUUUUGUUAUUGCAUCUCAAAAAACAAUUGACGAAGCAGUGCGUUUGUACUGUGUGAAUUAUUUUGAUUCUUUGUCCUGUAAUAUAUUUUAGGCACUAUCAUUAUAAACAUUUAACACUUUCCUCAUUUUGAAUUAAUACAUGUGUAAUUGUGCAAUUGCAUCUGAUAUAAUUUAAAUCAUUCAAAUCCUUUCCCUUGCCAAUCAUGGUCUGUCUGUCAGAUGCAGUCUGGGGUUGUCUGUGAUGACUGUGAUGUCUAAUGCUGUAUGAUGUUGACUGACUGAUAAGCAGCUUGUUUGACAGUAGGCUGCUCUGACAGUGUGGUCUCAGUGGGAGAUCCUGCAGUGAUCAGACUGUUGUGUGAUGUACAUGGCUGGAACCCCAAGCUCCCUCUUCACAAGGGUCCUUCAUGUUAAUGGAUACCGGGAAUGUAUUUAUAGCCUAUAUUUAAUAAAAACACAUUUAAUUGAAUGUUGACCUACAUUUUACCAGCAGAAAAUUUAAAUCGAUGUACAGAUUUUCUCCCAAGCAAGGCAAUAUGCACUGCACAUCCAAAAUGUGUUCUUGUGUUGGGGACAUGUUUGUAAGAACAGAGUUAUUCUGCUCCCAAAAGUAUUUUUUUGUUCCUACAGUAUGUCCAGAUGCACAUUUACAUGCAUGCACGCAACCCAAUUCUGAAUUGAUUUUAUUAUGUAUAAUUAGUUGAAUACGUUUUUAGCCUGUUGUGGUGGAUCUAGUCAGGUAAUUUCAAAGUAGCAUAACAUGUCUGUGAAGCCAGGUUCAAACCUUUUCAUGGUCAUAAUUAAACAUGAGACGUACGUCAGAUUUCUAUUUUAUUUCUGGAGCCUGGGGGUACUAUUCCAAAUCUUGGUAUACUCUGCCUUUCUUUUCACAAGUAGAAGCAUACCAUUUUUGUGGUUUAUGAUGUAUACAAAUUCCAAGAUGUGUAAAAGCACAAUUUUUUUUUCAAUGCAAUAGAUGGAAGUACAAUAGAAAUUGACAUUUUACGAGAGAGCACAAAUCAUUGGUACCGUCUGAAAAAAUUAAUUCCAUUACAUUUUGCAUAAUUCACAUAGCACUAUUGUGAAUGUUAUGGCACAUACUGUAUACUGUACAGUAGUUCUGCUCCCUAAAAAAGUGACAUGUCUUGGAUGUAGUGCUGCUGGAGGGCUAGCACUGUGAGCCUGAGCAUAAUAAAAGGGAUGAGGAGCGCAGUGAGGGGUUGGAGUGUGGAGGGGGGACUGGGUUAGCAGCCUCAACCGCUCUCUGUCUCUUUCAUCUCUCGCUCUCUCAUUAAAGCAAAAGCAGCGGGGGCCGCCCAAACGAGCCCAUGGAUGCAGGGAUGGAGCCUCUCAUCAGGAGGGUGGAAUAGGAAGACUGGACAUGCUGUCUCCUGUAAGCCCCUUUUCCCUCUUUCCUUCUUCCUCUCUCUCCUCAAUCACCUUCUUUCCCAUUCCCUCUUCUACUCUCCCCAAUCCGCCUCUCUCCCUACCCUGCCACUGGGAUCACUCUGGGGCUCAACUCCACUGAUAAAUAACUCUUAUCUCUCUCUCCACCUUCUCACUCAGCCAGGACACAUUCCUGACAGGGCUGCAGAGUAGCAGCUAUCCCUGAAUGGGCCAGAAAUAGUGUUUCUGUCAGAUAGGGAGCCAGGGAGUGAUGCAAGAGGGAAGCAUUAAUUAGGUUCAAUCUGGGAUAAGGGUGAUUAAGAAGGGUGGGGGUGGGAGAGAUCGACCCCAUUAGUUUAGUGAUAGAAUGAGAGAGAUCUUUCUCAAUAUAUGGGGGAUACAGAGAGAAUGCUGAUGUGAGUAUGUGCAGGUUUGCUCUGUGCGCUUAUUACCCUUGACCUGUGCACAGGUCAAUGAAAAGAAAUGUUAACAUCCCAACCUAUAGUGCCACUUAGCUACAAUUGGUCUUGAAAAUCAUUAUAUGCAAGGAAGGUAGUAUAAUCAAUAAUUUGGGUCUAGUCAGGUUUCUCUAAGGCUGUUGGGUCGUAUGCUGAAGUAGCUACUGAAAUUAAAGCUUUAUUUGCAGUUAAAUUGCAUAAUAUUGUUAAUACAGAUGUGUUGAUGUAA